AUGGCCGGCCUCGACGUCGGCUACGGCCAGCCAACCACGGCGUAUAUGCAGGAGCUCGAGGAAGACCAGAGCCGUCGAGCUGAGCGCGGCCCCGCAUUCAAAGGCCGCGCUAUGCUGAGUAAGGCUACCCCGUACCGCUGCACGACUCCAAGCCCUCCUGACUCGUGCCGCCAGCCUCAACACCAGCGGUACCACCAUCGGCGUGGGCCCCGAGCAGUCGUCUCUUGGAUCCUACCCGAUCUCCGCCCUUGCACGCGCCCCGGCAUGCCUGGAAACCACUCCAGACGCGGUGCGAUUGGCUAUGCAAUGUCCAUAGCCGCCCCCAGCAGCGAUAGUCUCGCACCCUCGACGCACCCUGUGACUGCCCUGACGCAGGGAAGCUGUCUGGAUGCCCCUCGCCACCGGUCUGAUGGAUACCAGGCCCUCCGUCGUCGCUCAUCCCUAGGGCUGCUGCUGCUGCUGCUCAAUUGGCCUAGAACCGCUUCCGCACCGGUCAGAACGGCACAGCAAAUGGACCCCCCCAAAACGCGGCGACGGGCUUCGUGA